AAGCGUCGGCAGUUUGUUUACAAGGAAACAAUGGCGUCGACGCCUUCGAGAACCCUUUUGCUUUCAAAAAUGGAAGGCGACCUUGGACCUUUGGGGCUGGCACAGCCCUGUACUGAUCUCCCAGAUAUUGCUCAGUUUCUGAGUAUUUAUAUGUCGGAAGAAGAUAGUCUUGCACUACAGGAGGGGAAGCAAGUCACUUCUGGCGGUCAGGUGAUGCAACAUAGUGUCUUCAGUGUUGGAGAGACAGUUCCAUCGCCUACAAGGGACAGUGAUUUCAGUAUUAUGUCCCUUGUAUCUCACAACCCAAAUAGUCAAAUGACUGAACCCCAGGUGUUUAAGGCCUACCCAAUGGCAGCCCCUUUGGCACAAGUUUCAAAUCGUGCUCCAGUGCCACCCAAGCCUCAGAUACCUGCGAAACCCCAAGAGCAAGGACAGGGAAAGCGUCACGUUUGUGAGAUCUGCACUAAAUCCUUUUCUCGAUCUGAUAAGCUAACAUUACAUAGACGCACCCAUACUGGAGAAAAGCCAUAUGCCUGCUUUUGUGGGAAAAGAUUUGCAAGAAGUGAUCAUUUAAAAAUACAUGCCCUUAAGCAUAAAAUUAACCCAGAGGUUCGUCGUGCAAUGCUGCUUGAAGCCAAAAAUAACAAGCACUUUAGUCCAAUUAAAAAUUUAGAAGAUUUUGACAUAAAAAAGGAGACAGUAGAAGCAUCUCUGCAAGUGAAAACUGAAGUAAACUUGGCCAUUAAACAAGAAAUUGGGGAAGGAACAGAUCAGGUUAAUAUACCUGUGUAUGAUGACCCAAAUAAACAGGAGUGUAAUGUUUGCCAAAAAGUUUUUGGAUCCAUUUACAAACUUUCUCGACAUUUGCGAACACACACAGGAGAGAAGCCAUAUGUCUGUUUUUGUGGUGACAGAUUUAGUCGCUCAGAUGUCCUUCGCAUUCAUCAAAAAUCUAAACAUAUUCCUUAUAGUACAGAGGGCUAUGAUCAGCAUACAGGUCAAGCAAUGGCCCAAGUGGCACCAAUAACACCAAAGCCCAAGGUCAAGAAGACCCCAAAGGUUAUGAAGUCUGAUGGGAUAUAUACAUGUGAAUAUUGUGCUAAGGAGUUUAAAGCUGGAUAUAAGCUCACAGUUCACUUAAGAUAUCAUACAGGAGAAAAGCCUUAUGUGUGUGACUUCUGUGGGAAGGCUUUUGCACGCAGAGACCAUAUGAAAAAGCACAGAAAAUCUUAUUAUACAGGUUUUGGAACAGCAUUCAAUACUGGAACCCUAGCUGUUUUACAUGUUGAACCACAUAAACUCCUCUCAAUUUGUCAGCAAUUUUCUGUGCACUAG